AGCACAUUUGGGGACCCACUUGAUGUGACCUGCUGCUGGUUAUCAUUUCUUCCUCCACCACCUGCAUACAGAUCAGGACUCCUACCGGGGCAGGAGAUCAACGCUCUCUGUCCUCCAGACGACCACCCCUCUGGGGUCUCAGGGGAACAAUGGAAGUUUUGGGGUUUCUCAAGUUGGAAGCGAGUGGCACCAUGGUUACUCUGACCCUGUUUGUGGCUCUCCUGGCCCUCCUGAAAUGGUAUUCCACAUCGGCAUUCUCAAGACUGGAGAAGUUGGGCAUCAGACACCCCAAGCCCUCUCCUUUUAUUGGAAACUUGAUGUUUUUCCGCCAGGGUUUUUGGGAGAGCCAAUUGGAACUCAGGGAGCAAUAUGGGCCUCUGUGUGGGUACUAUCUUGGUCGUCGGAUGUAUGUUGUCAUUUCUGAACCAGACAUGAUCAAGCAGGUGUUGGUUGAGAACUUCAGUAACUUUUCCAACAGGAUGGCCUCAGGUCUGGAACCCAAGCCGGUAGCAGACAGCAUCCUGUUGUUACGUGACAAAAGAUGGGAAGAAGUCAGAGGUGCCCUGAUGUCUGCUUUCAGUCCUGAAAAGUUGAAUGAGAUGACACCACUCAUCAGCCAAGCCUGUGAACGUCUCCUGGCUCACUUAAAACACUAUGCAGCAUCAAGAGACACAUUCGACAUCCAGAGGUGUUACUGCUGUUACACCACAAACGUGGUGGCCAGUGUGGCCUUUGGCACCCAGGUGGACUCCCAGAACGCUCCGGAACACCCCUUUGUGCAACACUGCCGGCGUUUCUUUGCCUUCUGUAUCCCCAGGCCCCUCCUGGCUUUAAUCUUAUCAUUUCCAUCCAUAAUGGUCCCAUUGGCCCGGAUUCUGCCCAAUAAGAACCGAGAUGAACUGAAUGGCUUUUUUAACAAACUCAUUAGGAAUGUGAUUGCCUUACGGGACCAGCAAGCAGCAGAAGAGAGGCAGAAAGACUUCCUGCAGAUGGUGCUGGAUGCCCGGCACUCCACAAGCUCUGUGGGUGUGGAAGACUUUGACAUGGUCACAGAAGCCCUGUCCUCUACCAAGUGCACCGUGGACCCUCCCCAAAGAAGCCACCCUACGUCCAUGUCUAAGCCUUUAACCCUGGAUGAAAUUGUGGGCCAAGCCUUUAUCUUCCUCAUCGCUGGCCAUGAGAUCAUCACUAACACACUCUCCUUCAUCACAUACCUGCUGGCCACCCACCCUGACUGCCAGGAGAGACUUCUGAAAGAGGUGGACCUCUUCAUGGAGAAGCAUCCAGCCCCUGGGUACUGCAGCCUGCAGGAAGGCCUGCCCUAUCUGGACAUGGUGAUUGCAGAGACCCUGAGGAUGUACCCACCAGCUUUCAGAUUCACACGGGAGGCAGCACAGGACUGUGAGGUGCUGGGACAGCACAUCCCCGCAGGUACAGUGCUGGAGAUAGCUGUGGGUGCCCUACACUACGACCCAGAGCACUGGCCAUACCCUGAGAUCUUUGAACCUGAAAGGUUCACAGCAGAGGCUCGGCUUCAGCAGAGACCCUUCACAUACCUGCCCUUCGGAGCUGGCCCCAGGAGCUGCCUCGGAGUGCGGCUGGGGCUGCUGGUGGUCAAGCUGACAGUCCUCCAGAUCCUACACAAGUUCCGCUUUGAAGCCAGCUCUAAGACUGAGGUUCCACUUCAGCUAGAAUCCAAAUCUGCCCUAGGCCCCCAAAAUGGAGUCCACAUCAAGAUUGUGUCACGUUGACAGAGAAGUCAAGUAGAAAGCACUUUGUGAUGAUGACAUCUGCAAGUCCUGUUUGAAGGGCUCCCCCCGGGAUUCCAACAAAAGUCUGGUGUGGAGACAGAAAUGUUUAAAAAAAUACAGAGAUGGUAUCUUUAUCUUAGGGUGAUUAAAAGGGUACCUGGCACUUGAGCAUGUUAUUUAUGUCACAGGUCCUGGACGUUUAAUAAAUGUUUGUCACGCUUCAUUUUGA